GCGGCGGCGGCGAAUGUGGCGGUGGGGACAACGGUGACGGCGGUCAUCACCGACACAAGACGACGUGGCGAUAAUUUAGCGGUCAAUCGACAGGCGAUUGUUACAAAAAUAAAUUUGAAAACACGGAGAAAAGAUGGUCAUGAUGGCUGGCAUGGACGACCACGAGAGAAAAGUGGUUUUGGAAUUCUGCCACCUGCUCGAAAAGAGCAAGCAGCUGUUCAAUGGUUUACGCGACCUACCCCAGUACGGUCACAAGCAGUGGCAAGCCUACUUUGGACGUACAUUCGAUAUAUACACGAAAUUAUGGAAAUUUCAGCAACAGCACAGGGCUAUAUUGGACACCAAGUACGGGCUGAAAAGAUGGCAAAUCGGGGAGAUUGCGAGCAAGAUAGGCCAGCUGUACUACCACUAUUAUUUACGGACAAGCGAAACGUCGUAUCUUCACGAAGCUUAUUCGUUCUACGCUGCGAUACGAGGCCGAGCUUAUUACAGCCGCGCAGCGAAAGAGGACCGUAGCGAUCUGAUGGUAAAGAAAUUGCGUUAUUACGCACGGUUCAUCGUGGUAUGCCUGCUCUUGAACAAAAUGAAGCUGGUGAGAGAGUUGGUGCAGGAGCUGGAUGCCCAAAUAGCCGACUACGCGAGCACGUACGAACCGGAGGAUCAGGUAGAAUGGAAUCUCGUUCUCGACGAGAUAAAGGGUUUCGUUAAGGCCGAGUCGGCGGUAAGCGUGUUGCAUUCCGACUCGAAUCCGGUUGUUUUGACACACCGAUUGGGCCCGGUAACGUCGCCGCCGAUCGAGCGCUCGCCACCAAUGUGCCUCACCCUUCAGGAGAUUCUGAUCGUCGGUAAUUGCGCCGAACAGGUAAAGUUCAGCGAAUUAUCGGUAGACAUGUUUCGAAUGCUCCAGACGUUGGAGCGGGAGCCGCGCGACGAUCCGAGCCAUCUCCACGAUGCAUCGCCAGCCGGUAGAUUACCCUUCAGGCCGGGACCUUAUCCACCGGAGAACGGAAUGCCGCGUCGUGAUAAUCCGCACAAGUAUCUACUGUACAAGCCUACCUACAGCCAGGUUCAGGUAUUUUUAGCGAGCGGCUUCAAGGAAUUGCCGGCUAACGGUGCACUUUUGCUCUAUCUAUCGGCCGACGGAUGCUUCUCCACGGUCAAACAUCCCGAAGAGAUGGGUUACGACCUCGGUGGCGUCACAACCAGCAGUAAACGCGAUCCCGAACACGGAAAGAGGCCUACCGGUGGAAAGGAGCCUCACUGUCUCUAUCCGGGGGAUCUUUAUCCAUUCACAAGGAAACCGCUGUUCGUCGUCGUCGACUCGGACAACAGUUACGUCUUUCAGCAAAUACCCCGAUACUUUGGUCAACCGCUUAUGGUACUCAUGUCACCCCAGGAGACACCCUCAACCUUGAGGGAUCUGCGACACGGUGGUAGCCUCUUCACCCUAUUCUUACACGCCCCACUCGCCGCCUUUUGCCUUAUAUGUAACGUCGGUAGCUUAGCCGUUCAUCAUUGGGAUCGUUGCCAGAGCUACGUCGAACGUUUUCUCGUCGAGGCGAGUCGCCUCGUUCUACGUUCCAGAUGCGAAAGCAGCAUACUUCAGUUCUUCGGUGACGAUUUUCUCAGGUUGCUACUGGUACGCUACGUAUUUUGCGACGUCGUACUUCACCUCCACCGCUCUUUUCGGGGUCGUCAUCAGCGUCCCUGUUGCCAUCCGCCAUUACCGGAAGCCGAAGUAUUACAGCAUCCGGCGUUACACCACAUCGUGCUCGAUCUUGCCGCAUCUAUUGACGCGCGUGAUCAUUUUUCCGAAAGCAACGAGCUAGCCUGACCCCGGCAUCAAACCCGGCAGGACCACCGCGAUAACGUUAAAUCCCCGUUAACGAGUUAUCACCAUCACGAUUACGAUUACGGCAAUUACAAUUACAAUAAAAACGUUACAUUGAGACCUCAUUAAAA